AUGACUAGCAUUCUUUCUGAUCGACAGAAAGAUGAAUUGCAUAAAGCAAUUUUAGAUUAUCUUAGUACAAGUGGAUUUACUGAAUCAUUCAAUACUUUAAAAUCUGAAACACAUAAUGAGGACUUCAUUUCUGACCCUAAACAAAAAUAUUAUGGCUUAUUAGAAAAAAAAUGGACUUCUGUCAUACGAUUACAAAAGAAGAUUAUGGAACUAGAAACAAAGUCAGCACAAAUGCAAGAAGAAAUUAAUAAUGCACCUAUCAGGAAACAAACAAGCUCGGUUGAUUGGAUUCCUCGUCCCCCUGAAAGACAAAGCAUGACAGGUCAUCGGAGUCCUAUUACUUGUGUUGUCUUUCAUCCAGUUUAUCAAAUAUUAGCUUCUUCUUCUGAAGAUACAACAAUUAAAAUUUGGGAUUAUGAGACAGGUGAAUUUGAGCGUACCUUAAAAGGACAUACAAAGUCAGUACAAGAUAUAGCGUUUGAUCCAAAGGGGAAUUUCUUGGUAUCUUGCUCAGCUGAUCUGACAAUUAAAGUAUGGGAUGUUAAUAAUGAUUAUAAAUGUAUAAAAACAUUAUAUGGCCAUGAUCAUAGUAUAUCUUCUGUUAGCUAUUUACCUUCUGGAGAUACUAUUAUUUCUUCAUCGCGUGAUAAAACAAUCAAAUUAUGGGAUGCUGCUUCAGGAUAUUGCAUUAAAACAUUAGCAGGCCAUUUAGAUUGGGUUAGGUCAGUUUCACCAAGUGAAGAUGGUAAAUAUUUGAUUACAGCAUCUAAUGAUCAAACUGCUCGACUCUGGGAUAUUCAAUCAGGAGAAACAAAAAUGGAAUUCCGUGGACAUGAUCAUGUUAUUGAAUGCGCUAUAUUUGCACCCGUUAAUUCAUACCCAUAUAUUCAAGAAUUGAUUGGUGAUGAGAAUAAAUCCAAAGAUCAAUUACCGGGUCAAUAUGUUAUUACGGGUUCUAGAGAUAAAACAAUUAAAUUAUGGAAUACAAAUGGACAAUUAUUACAUACAAUGAUUGGACAUGAUAAUUGGAUUAGAGGAUUAGUUUUUCAUCCUAAUGGCAAAUACUUACUGAGUGCAUCUGACGAUAAAACAAUUAAAGUGUGGGAUUUAAAGACAGGAAGAUGUAUAAAAACAUUGGAUGCACAUUCUCAUUUUGUUACAUGUAUAGCAUAUUGUCAUACUAGUCCUGUUGUUGCAACAGGUAGUGUUGAUCAAACAAUCAAAAUUUGGCAGUGUCGAUAA